AUGCGCCGGAAACGCAUGUGUGUUUCUUCCGGGAAUCAACGUGUGCUAGAAAAAAAGUCACAUGUGCGUAAAUUUAAUCUGUAAACUGGAAUCAAGGAUCGAAUAAAUACAUUAUACUUAAACUAUUGCAAAGGUGAGUUUUGGAGAGUUGUCGUAAAGAGAAAUGUCGUGAUUGUUUGUGCCAUACACUAGUGAAUGAACAAGUCAUGGUGACGGACUUGCACAGUGUAUGUGGAAGCAAGUUCCAGCUAACUAGUUAGGUAACAUCCUUUACAGCACAUAGCAACCUCAUGAUAUUAACGUUGUUUUGUCUCUAGAAUGCAACUUGUCUGUUUUUAACUGAGAAGUCAAUGUGUCGUUACCUAACGUUAGCUAAUUACCGGCAUAUCAUCAUACUUGAGUGUAGGCGGAUACCAUUGAUGGAUAACGUUAGCAUGCGUGGAAGUUUGUACUACUAAUAAUAAUAUGCCAUUUAGCAGACGCUUUUAUCCAAAGCGACUUACAGUCAUGUGUGCAUACAUUUUUACGUAUGGGUGGUCCCGGGGAUCGAACCCACUACCCUGGCGUUACAAGCGCCAUGCUCUACCAAUUGAGCUACAGAGGACCACUAACGCUUAACAGUUGUCAACUAAUUAGCUAGAUAGCUACCUAACAUGCUUAUGAAGAGAAUGCCCACUUGGCAUAUGAAAAGGAUGUUCCACGUAUUAUAAUAACUACAUAUAACACCGUGAUGUUAGUGACAUGUCACAUUUUUAAUAUUUCACAUUCCUUUUUAUUUUUGUCCACAUCAGAGUGCAGGUCAGAGUUAAGAGGUGAUAUAUUCUCAGGAACCUGUUUUCAAUAAACUUUUCAAGUUAAGCGGAUUUGUCGUUAUUUAUAAUUUUGUUAUUUGCAACAUUCUUGGAACAGAUUCUGAAAAACAUGUUCCUGAGAAUAUAGCUAGCAACCAUCUUUCAGUUGCCAUCAGUGCAUAGUUAGUGACUACCUUCAUCCCAUUCUGAUCCUAUGCCUUAGUGUGUAAAUCCAACAUGAUAAUUUUACAUUUAAAUUUUUAGUCAUUUAGCAGACGCUCUUAUCCAGAGCGACUUACAGUUAGUGACAAACUCAGAACCCUGGCGUUGCAAGCGCCAUGCUCUACCAACUGAUCAUAACUUAUAUGUUCUCUCCAGACUACCUGUGUAGGUGUUAGUCAUGGGCAGGAAGUUGGAUCCCACCACUUAUGUGAAGAAGGGGCCGGGGCGGAAGUCCAGGAAGCAGAAAGGAGCAGAGACUGAGCUGGCCAAGUUCUUAACGGAUGGUGAGGGGGAGGCUAUUGUAACAUACAGCUUCUGAAGAGCUGAAGUCUCAGUAUAACCUCACUUGCUGGGAGUACAGUGGUACUAAAGCAAGGAUACAUGACUGGGAAUGAGACAUGAAUAUUUAAAGGUUGAUGCUCACUAACUAACUAUGCUUGUCAUUUGCAGAGGAUACUGCACCAAAACGACUGUCAAGCAGGUCCAGGAAAAGGUAUGUUUGUAAUCUUUUGGAUGUUAUGUCGUCAACUCAUUUUUAAACCACUGUGUAAUGUAGUGUUACACACUUUUGCUGAAGAUGAUGGUGAUAAUGAUGAUGACGUUUUUUAGAGCUGGGAAGCGAGCUCAGGUGACCAAAAAGCCCAAGGAAACCAUUGAGAAGGAGGAGCCAAAAAAAGGUAAGUUACUGUUCAUUCAUUAGCAUUGGGGGGUAAGUCAUCUAAGUCCAUGUGGAUCCAGAGUCAGACAGCCCCAUCCAUUCACUGUGUUCUCAAUACUAUAUCCAUGAAUGUCUAUGGUGACUUAAUUGGUUUGUUUCCCCUGUUCUCAAGGAUUCACAGAUGAAAACAGUGAAUGGCUGAAGCCAGCAAAGAGGAAGCGUGAGGUCGGCCAAUCAGAUGACGAGGAUGACAGUGACAGCCAAUGGGAGCAGGAAGAGGACGAGGGACAAGAGGGAGGGGAGAAGAAUAAAGGGAAAAAACUGCUAAUUGAGGGAGAUGAUGAUGAUGAAGACCUGGUUGAUGACUACGGUGCAUUGGAGGACAACAGUGAAGGAGAGGGGGAAGGAGACAGUGAUGGAGAGGAGGUAUGUGAAAUUAUUGACGAAGUUAUGCGUCCAGGACAUGUUCUAAAUAGCAAAACAAUGUUCUUCCUUCAAAGUUCUUAUUGUUCUUUAGCAAGGUGCUGAGUCUUAGUCUGUUGAAUCAUCUGUUCCUUACUCCUCUUUUCAUCUCUCAUUCAGCUGCUCCCCAUUGAGCGAGCUGCCAGGAAGCAGAAGAAGCUGCAGGAAGCCAUGGGCCAGGAGAGUGAUGACGAUGAUGAUGAUGAUGAUGAUAAGGGGAAGAGUGGAGAUGAAGACAUGGAUGAAGAUGACACGGUACAGGCUAAUAUAGAUGAGAUGGACAAAUUCAUACUACCUGGAGCAGAGGAGAUAGCAAAAGAGGGUGAGUUUGGAGGUUAGAUUUGUACUUUUUAGAUUUGACAGUUAUGCUUUUUGUUAUGCCAGUUUACACAUUUCUACGUGUUCUUUAUCGGUGCCUGUGGACUCCAUCUGUACUAAGUGUCUUUCUCUCUCCUGUGGAUGCAGGCGUUUUGCUUGUAGACCUGCAGACCAUCCACCAGAGAAUAAAGGACAACGUGGACGUUCUGUCUCACUUUGCCACCAAGAGGGAGGAGGGGAAAGAGAGAACAGAGUACCUCUCUCUCCUGAAAAAGGAUCUUUCCACUUACUACAGCUACAACAAUUUCCUCAUAGACAAACUGCUGGAUAUCUUUCCAGUGUCAGAGGUAUGUGUCAUUGCUUUGUUCUCCCGAAUGUUAUAGUAACGCAAAAUGAACAGGAAGUCUAUGGAAGGUUACGUUUUGUCAUCAUGCUGAACUAAGGCUUCCCUCUUUUUAUGUGCUUUGUAGCUGAUUGAUUUCCUGGAGGCCAAUGAAAUUCAGCGACCUGUCACCAUUCGGACCAAUACACUGAAGACAAGGAGGAGGGACUUGGCUCAGGUAACAAACCUCACUCUUUCAACUUGGCUCAAAUAAAGGUGCCCCAACUCCACCCCUACCACCUAGGCAUUUGUAUAGCUCUGAAAGGAUUAAGACUAGGGGUCCAUUUGGAAUUGACCAAAGGAUAAUUGGAUGCUAGUAGUAAUGCCUGUUCCUCUGCCAGACUGAGUGACGUGUAUGUUCUUUGUCCCAGGCCCUGAUCAACAGAGGGGUGAAUCUGGAUCCUCUGGGGAAGUGGUCUAAAGUGGGCCUGGUCAUCUUCGACUCCUCAGUACCCAUAGGUCAGUACCAGCACACUCUAACCUUUUAUAUGUGUAUGAAAGAUUAGAAUGUUAAUUUUGUAAUUACUACUGUUAUCCUGCUUUCUGUGUGUUAUGAGUAAGUAUACAUGAAUUGAUGAGUGUGUCUUCCUGUCUGUGUCUGCCCUGUGUUAAACCUAGUAUUUUUCCGUUCCCAGGUGCGACCCCGGAGUACCUGGCUGGUCACUACAUGCUGCAGGGAGCCUCUAGUUUCCUGCCUGUCAUGGCUCUCUCUCCCCAGGAGGGGGAGACGGUGCUCGACAUGAGCUCAGCUCCAGGGGGAAAGACCACCUAUAUGGGUGAGGAUGUUAAAAAUAGAGUUGAAUGGCAAUGAGCACAAUACUGUUUACUGCUGUUGGUCUCUACAAUUAGCCUAAUAAUCAAGGGCAGCCUUUCUUAGGUUAUGGUUUGCGACAUGGGAGUUAGAAUAGAAGAAAACACAAGGUGCCAUUUUGAAAUGUGGUUGUGCAUCAGUGGUUUUUCUCUUGCUAUGUCAGUCAAUAACCACGUUUCCAUCCACAGUUUUUAUGCGCGUAAAGUCAUAAUGUAUAAAAAUAUAUAUACAGUGGGGAGAACAAGUAUUUGAUACACUGCCGAUUUUGCAGGUUUUCCUACUUACAAAGCAUGUAGAGGUCUGUAAUUUUUAUCAUAGGUACACUUCAACUGUGAGAGACGGUAUCUAAAACAAAAAUCCAGAAAAUCACAUUGUAUGAUUUUUAAGUAAUUAAUUUGCAUUUUAUUGCAUGACAUAAGUAUUUGAUCACCUACCAACCAGUAAGAAUUCCAGCUCUCACAGACCUGUUAGUUUUUCUUUAAGAAGCCCUCCUGUUCUCUACUCAUUACCUGUAUUAACUGCACCUGUUUGAACUCGUUACCUGUAUAAAUGACACCUGUCCACACACUCAAUCAAACAGACUCCAACCUCUCCACAAUGGCCAAGACCAGAGAGCUGUGUAAGGACAUCAGGGAUAAAAUUGUAGACCUGCACAAGGCUGGGAUGGGCUACAGGACAAUAGGCAAGCAGCUUGGUGAGAAGGCAACAACUGUUGGCGCAAUUAUUAGAAAAUGGAAGAAGUUCAAGAUGACGGUCAAUCACCCUCGGUCUGGGGCUCCAUGCAAGAUCUCACCUCGUGGGGCAUCAAUGAUCAUGAGGAAGGUGAGGGAUCAGCCCAGAACUACACGGCAGGACCUGGUCAAUGACCUGAAGAGAGCUGGAACCACAGUCUCAAAGAAAACCAUUAGUAACACACUACGCCGUCAUGGAUUAAAAUCCUGCAGCGCACGCAAGGUCCCCCUGCUCAAGCCAGCGCAUGUCCAGGCCCGUCUGAAGUUUGCCAAUGACCAUCUGGAUGAUCCAGAGGAGGAAUGGGAGAAGGUCUGAUGAGUGGGAGAAGGUUGUACUCAUCAUGUGGUCUGAUGAGACAAAAAUAGAGCUUUUUGGUCUAAACUCCACUCGUCGUGUUUGGAGGACGAAGAAGUAUGAGUACAACCCCAAGAACACCAUCCCAACCGUGAAGCAUGGAGGUGGAAACAUCAUUCUUUGGGGAUGCUUUUCUGCAAAGGGGACAGGACGACUGCACCGUAUUGAGGGGAAGAUGGAUGGGGCCAUGUAUCGCGAGAUCUUGGCCAACAACCUCCUUCCCUCAGUAAGAGCAUUGAAGAUGGGUCGUGACUGGGUCUUCCAGCAUGACAACGACCCGAAACACACAGCCAGGGCAACUAAGGAGUGGCUCCGUAAGAAGCAUCUCAAGGUCCUGGAGUGGCCUAGCCAGUCUCCAGACCUGAACCCAAUAGAAAAUCUUUUGAGGGAGCUGAAAGUCUGUAUUGCCCAGCGACAGCCCUGAAACCUGAAGGAUCUGGAGAAGGUCUGUAUGGAGGAGUGGGCCAAAAUCCCUUCUGCAGUGUGUGCAAACCUGGUCAAGACCUACAGGAAACGUAUGAGCUCUGUAAUUGCAAAGAAAGGUUUCUGUACCAAAUAUUAAGUUCUGCUUUUCUGAUGUAUCAAAUACUUAUGUCAUGCAAUAAAAUGCAAAUUAAUUACUUAAAUAUCAUACAAUGUGAUUUUCUACAUGCUUCGUAAGUAGGAAAACCUGCAAAAUCGGCAGUGUAUCAAAUACUUGUUCUCCCCAUUGUAUAUUAUUAUAAAUGGCGACAUAUCAUUUGUUCGUUCGACAUGGGGAGAAAUGGCAGUGGAAACUCGACUCGGGAAACCAUGCAAUUUAUUAGGCUAUAGAUUAAAUAAAUUAUGAUGAACUUCACAGGGUGGUGAAGGUGCACGGGAUGAGCUUGAUGAUGCUCCUUUCCAAUAAAUAUUGAGGGUCUUGUUCUGGUGACAUGAUGAUCGAUGCAUGACAGCCGUUUCAAAAAUAAAAAUAUUCUUGCUCACCCAUAAAAAAAUAAUCAUGUAGACUAGCCUACCCACACUGUAUCUGCGAGCGCACGUGCCAAGACCAGAGUCGGCACAUUUGCUAUGUAACGCAACAGUUUUUGUGACAACUAUCGGUAGAGUUGCAAAUGCGAUGGAAACGCAUUGAACUUUAGAUGUUUAUUCAGUACAUGAAAACUUAAGCGAAAAAGUACAUUUUGUCUGCACUAUGUCAUCACGCACUGAUUUCUAUUCGCAACAAGUCAGUUUGGUGAAAACACACCACUGGUGGGAAAAUGUGCAUCUUUUCUUUCUGCAGAUUUUAGAAUAUUCGUAUGAAAAUCUGUUGACAAUUGGAUGGAAACCUAGCAACUGACAGUUACUUAAUUAGUGAUGUCAGCGAACACUUUUUAGAUUGGUAAAUUAGUCUAGCCAGCUAUCUAAUCAUGGCCGAAUACCGACCGGGCACACAGGGCACGUGCCCAAGGGCCCUGAACUCCAAGGGGCACCCCAUUGAUUUUGUUAGUCACUCUCAUUCAGAUAUCAUAUUAAAAUGGCAUAAGUCAUGGCAAAGUGUGUAGAAUUGCAGGAAAUUAACUUUAAAACUAAAAUGUUUUUGCCUGUGAGGUGGGGGAGCCACCCAACCAUAUCUCGUUUAGGGCCCCCAAAAGGGGGCAUGUUUUCAUGAGCUUGGGUCCCAGGAAAACACUGAAUUUCUCAUUUGGGUCCCAUCCUGAAAAAGUUUAAGAACCCCUGAUCUAGGGCUUAACAGGCAAGACUUAACUUUUAUUGGAUUACUUAUUUAUUGUGUAUAUGUGUGUCCCACAGCCCAGUUGAUGAGGAACACAGGGGUGAUUGUGGCCAAUGAUGCCAGUGCUGACAGACUGAAGAGUGUGGUGGGCAACAUCCACCGUCUGGGAGUCACCAACUCAGUGAUUUGUAACUACGACGGCAGGCAGUUCCCUAAGGUAAUAAGAGAGUUUCUUGCUCUACAUGCAGUUUGUACAUUGUAUGUUACACCCAUUGAUGGUAUGUUAACCUGUUAGUUACUAUGUUUGCAGGUCAUGGGUGGGUUUGACAGAGUGCUGCUUGAUGCUCCCUGCUCAGGCACAGGAGUAAUCGCCAAAGACCCUGCUGUUAAGACCAGUAAGGUGAGAAAAAACCUAUUAUACACUACACAGGCCCUUAGAUUUACAGUAGACACUGGCCUUUAAUGACAACUUCCUGUUCAUGUCUUCCUAAUCUUACUUUCUACGUCCUGUCUCUCAGGACGAGUCUGACAUCCAGCGGUCGGCCCACCUGCAGAAGGAGCUCAUCCUGGCGGCCAUCGACUCUGUCAACGCUGAGUCUCCCUCUGGAGGCUAUCUGGUGUACUGCACAUGCUCUAUCAUGGUGGGUACACCUGAGUGUCACACUGAUGACAAAUAAACAACAUCUAAAUUGGUGCUUUACUUAAAGUGAAUUGCAAUGAUUUAUUUUAUCGCAGCUUUUUCUUGUUUUUUUCGGUCCAUUACAAAAUGUCUGUGACGGUUAAAUUCAUUUGGACUAGAAUAGAUGAAGUUACCUUACUGACUUUAUCACCAGGUGGAGGAGAACGAGUGGGUAGUGGACUAUGCUCUCAAGAAAAGAAACGUCAAACUCGUCCAGACUGGACUGGACUUUGGCAAAGAAGGCUUCACCAGGUAAAGGGGUUAUAAGAACACCACAUUAUUCACAUUCAUCCAGAUAUUUACCUGUACCCCCCCUAACCGUUUUCUUGUGCAAUAAGAAAAAAUAUAUAUAUUUCCUCCCAUUUAGAUUCAAAGAGAGACGAUUCCAUCCCUCUCUGAAACUCUCACGCCGGUUCUACCCUCAUUCCCACAACAUGGACGGUUUCUUUGUGGCCAAGCUGAAAAAGUUCUCCAACACAGUCCCAACCACAGCAGUUGACAAAGGUAAAGUAGAUGUCAUCUUGGAUCUAAUAAACCACAGUGCUUUGUCCAGUGUCAUGGAAACACCACUCGUGUUAUAUAAAAAUAACAUCCUGUUAUUGUCACUAUUCCAGACGGAGAAGAGGAAACCGAGCCAUCUGAGGCAGUAGAGGUUACAGCUGAUUCCUCUGAUGAGGACAGACCAUCUAAAGCAGGGUCUAAGAACAAGUCCAAGAAGCAGAAGCCAGUCCCUGGCAAGCCAGCUGUGUCACAGAAGGCAAUAGCCAACGGGAAACCAGCCAAAAGCAUCGUCAAGAAAACAACAAACCCAAGCACCCUGAAAAAAAGUCAAAAACCAACCGGGCCGAAGAAAGCAAAGAUCGCAAAGAUGGAUGGUGAGACUGUGAAAGUGGACGGAGAGCUCAAGAAGUCCAACACAGUCAAAACAGAAGGGGAGACGACCAAAGAGUCAAAGGAAGGGAGCAGGUUUGAGAAAAAGGGCGAUAAACAGAGGAAAUCCCCCAUGCAGAGCAAGAAGAGAAUUGGGAAGAACAAAUUCAAUAAGUUGAAGAAGCUGCUGAAAAAAGAAGAGGUUGGACAAUGAACAUGUAUAAAAUGUUUAUGAAAAUGAAGACUGUAAUUAUUUUGCAGUUGUCACUAGUCAGAGAGGUCUAAUUGUCAUGACAGAUACAGUCAUUUUCACAAGAGUUGAGCUGAGAAUGUUAGGAUAGAUAUUGCCUCCUUCUGGACUGAAAAUCACUGCAGCAGGCCCUCCAUCGAGGGCCCUGAGCCCCAGCCCCCUUUGGAGUAGGUAGAUGUUGUCCCUAACCACACAGAUACUAGAUCAGAUAUUUUUCAUGGCCCUCAUGGAUGAUUGGUUCUAGGGUAGGAGUAUGGUCAUCUGAUCCUAGAUCUGUGGUUGAGGGCAAAGUUCUACUUCUCUUGUUAAACAUCACAUUUUCACAUUUUAAUCCUUCCUUGCAAUGUUAUCUGUUUGGUUUAAUUUCAUCUUGUAUGUCCUUUGAUCAAGUUGAUGGUAUGUAUUGUAAAGACCAUUCCUUGAGACAAUAAAAUGUCUGAUUGUUUGUCAUA